UUUUUAGAAGCCAUUUUGGACUGGGUUCAGUUUUUUUUUCCCGUGGAUUCGCCACACCGCCGGCCAUUCAAAAAAAAAUAAUAAUUAUGCCCCAUUAUCUGCUAAGGUUGAAUGUUUGCCAAGGUCUGCCGUUCCUGGAGUCGAGAUCUAGCUCUGCAUUAGCUGCUGUGCACUGGGGAUUGCUGAGCCAACAGUGAACUUUUUUUUGUGUUGCAUUUACCGCAGGGAGAAAUAAUUAUAUAUCUAUCUAUCUCAUCAUUAUUUUGGAAGAAAGGGGAAGAGAGAGAAAGAAACACACACACACAUACAUACACAUAUACAAGCGUCAAAGGAGGAGGAGAGAGGAAACGUAACAGAAGGUGGUGGUUCUAAAAACAACAACAAAAAGCAACUGCUUGUGGUAUCUGUUGUUCGUGCCCGAGUGUGUUGGGUUACUUACAGAACGUGGAUAUCAACGGGCUCUGGGUGUCAACUGUGUGUCAUUUUAUUUCUCUCCAGCUCUUGGUUUUUUUUCUCUCUCUCUGGUGUGUGUGUGUGUGUGUCUUAAGGAAGAAAGGCACAUGUUUUAAAUGUUGUCGAACUGAACAGAUACCCUCGCCUGCAGGAAACUAACCCCACGUUUGGUGUAUUUGAAUAUGAUUGCUUGCUGGCUGAUUUUUGUACUUCUGACAACUUUUUGUACAGGGCCCGGCCAUGGUGAGGCAGAGACCAGAGAGUGCGCUUACUACAACGCUAACUGGGAGCUGGAGAAAACCAACCAGAGCGGAGUGGAACAGUGCGAGGGGGAGAAGGAUAAACGUCACCACUGCUAUGCCUCCUGGCGCAACAACUCCGGCUCCAUUGAGCUGGUCAAGAAAGGAUGCUGGCUCGAUGACUUUAACUGUUAUGACAGAGUGGAGUGCAUAGCCACGGAGGAGAACCCUCAGGUAUUUUUCUGCUGCUGCGAAGGGAACUACUGUAAUGACCGAUUCUUCCACUUCCCUGAGUCUGUGCCAGAAGUAGUGUUUGAGCCGCCACCUCCAACCCCCUCACUGCUGAACAUUCUGGUGUACGCUCUGCUCCCCAUCACCGGCCUCUCCAUGAUCAUCCUGCUGUCCUUCUGGAUGUAUCGCCAUCGCAAGCCCCCGUACGGCCACGUGGACAUGACUGAGGACACGAGCCUGCCGAGCCCAUCACCGCUCGAAGGCCUGAAGCCUCUGCAGCUGCUCGAGAUCAAGGCCAGAGGGCGGUUUGGCUGCGUUUGGAAGGCCCGGUUAAUGAAUGACUACGUGGCCGUGAAAAUCUUCCCCAUCCAGGACAAGCUGUCCUGGCAGAAUGAGCGGGACAUCUACACCACUCCUGGGAUGAAACACGAGAAUGUUCUCCGCUACAUUGGGUCUGAAAAGCGCGGAUCCAACCUGGAGAUGGAGCUGUGGCUCAUCUCCUCCUUUCACGAACGGGGCUCGCUGUCCGACUAUCUAAAAGGCAAUGUGAUCAGCUGGAACGAACUCGGUCACAUCGCAGAGACCAUGUCCUGCGGCUUAGCUUUCCUUCACGAAGACAUUCCCCGAUACAAAGGAGAAGGCCCGAAGCCUGCAAUCGCCCACAGGGAUUUUAAAAGCAAGAACGUGCUACUGAAAACAGACUUGUCGGCGUGCAUUGCUGACUUUGGACUGGCCGUCAGGUUUGAACCUGGGAAACCUCCUGGAGACACGCAUGGGCAGGUCGGGACGCGGAGAUACAUGGCCCCCGAAGUCCUGGAGGGUGCGAUUAACUUCCAGCGAGAUGCCUUUCUUAGGAUAGACAUGUAUGCCAUGGGACUGGUACUGUGGGAGCUGGUAAUGAGAUGUACCGCAGCCGAUGGGCCUGUUGACGAAUACAUUUUGCCAUUUGAAGAAGAGAUUGGCCAACACCCGACACUGGAGGACUUGCAGGAUGUGGUCGUCCAUAAAAAGUUGAGGCCAGUCCUGAAAGAAUGCUGGUAUAAGCAUCCGGGUCUCGCGUUGUUUUGUGAGACGAUCGAGGAGUGCUGGGAUCACGACGCCGAGGCUCGCCUCUCAGCCGGAUGUGUCGUCGAGCGCAUCUCCCAGAUCCGGAGACUCAUCAACGGCACUACCUCUGACUGCCUGGUAGCCAUGGUAACGGCCGUCACGAACGUGGACCUCCCGCCCAAAGAGUCCAGCAUCUGAGUGUCGUUCUUCCUUUCGUUUUCCCUCUUUGGUGUGUGUUUCUUUCAACAAAACAAAACAAAAAUUGGGAAAGCGGAGAGGAAAACAUCGAAAACAAAAGGAGAGAUGGACAAAAGAAAAAAAAGCGUAAAUAACUGUCUUUUUUUCCCCUGACUCGGUUGGACAUCGAACUCUCGACGCAACACAGCUGCUAUUUCAACCUGACUUUUAAAACAAUUUACCAGCACAUUUACUCUACUGUAAUUUAACGGAUAUCUCAGUAUAAAAGCAUUCAGGUGCCGACCAGCGAAUGCAGCAAAAAAAAAGAAACAGAAACACACGCGCGAGAAACAGGUUCAGGUACCUCCCAGACUCGAAUCCAUUUUAGCCGUUCUGGGUUUCUUUAUCUCUGCUCAUUUUUGUGGCUUUUCUGUCUCCUCGACGGCAUGUUUGUGACUUUUGAUUUCGAGAAAGGAAAAUUUCAAAAAAAAAACACACACACACACGCUGAUACGAAGCCUGCAUCGCCCGCAAAAAGAAAGCAGUGGACAGAAAACAAAACUGAAGGAUGCUGCAAUUAUAGGAGGAAACGUUUAGACUGUUACAUGCGAUUUACCCCCCUUAAGGGAUCCACAAUUUUUAUUUGCAGAGAGAGUGCUGAAAUGGUGAACAUGUCUCAUUGGAUUGAACGGGUGUCACAGUUAAGAUAUGCACACACACUCUCACACGUUCAGACAUGCACGCACACUCUCACGUUCAGACAUGCACAUACACUCAGACACGGACACACAUGCACGGAGAGACUGUAGCAAUCUCUUCACAGUUGGUCAUUUCUUGACAGGGAGACCAUCGUGGGGAAGGGAGGAUCAACAAACCCUUGCAGCAUUUGGAUAAAUAAAGUAGAACAAAACGUAGCUAUGAAAGUAUUUCUCAGGUAACCAGUAAAUUGGGGAGGGGAGGGAUUUUUUUCCUAAGGCGGGGGCUGCGUCAUCAUCCAUUACCCCACAAAUAAGAGAGAAUCUUUAUUUUGUCUUAAAAGCGGCACGUAUGUUGUGGCUGCAUUUACGCACACCAUAAGUAGUUCUAGUGAACGAAUGUCCCUAACGCUGCUCUUUCAGUGCAGGUUUUAUUUUUGCAUCAUUCAGAAAACACAUGCGUAUACACACACAAAACACACGCAGAACAGCGAUGAAAAAUACAGACGCAUAAACACGUGGCUUCCGAGGUUUUAACAAGAGAAAAAAAUUCAUGACCAUAGACCACCUCAAAAACCAGAAAUACCUCAGAUUUUUUCUACCUGUAUGAUUUUAUUAUAUAUUUUGUUAGUUGUGUUGUCUGUAGUGCUAUUUUAAUGUAAGUUGGCUUUUAUGACAAGGGAGUUUAAUAAGUUCCAAAUUCUUAGGAAGUGCUACCAUUUACCUUGUAAAGCACCAUUGUAAAUAACUUUAUGCAGUUGUCGAAUAUUGGCUAUGAUAAGGUACUUGGGCAUUAUAUGUCUCAUUCUGUGCUAGCAUCUCCUCACCUUUCCUCUGACCGUUAUUUUUGUAACUCUGGCCGUUAUUUUUGUAACUCUGAACUCUCUCGAAUAUUUCACUCCUGUAGCAGUUUUAUUUUCUACUUUUUGAAUCAAAAGAAAAGAAACAAAUAACCUUUUGCUCUUCUGGCUGAAUCUCGCUGUCCGGCAGUUGCCUUCCGAACAUAAGUUUGGAAGAAUCUUUCCUUUUAGGAAUACUCUAAGCCUCUCUCUCUCUUCCUCUUUCUGUCAGUCUCUCGUGCCCUCCCAACCCACAGUCCCAGGUGCCAUAUUGUUAAUUAACAGGAUGAGUAGUAAUAUGAGACUAAUGUGAGAUUUGUUUUAAAUAUGGUCUUAUGAGUGUAAUAUCUUUGUGCUAAAUGUUCACAAAAAUGCCAAUACAAGCUUUUUUUAAAAAAAACACUUCUUACCUGCUGAGCAGCAAGCACUGUCUGGAAAUAUCUUGAAAACUACAGCCUUUAUUUCCUUUUCUGCACUUACAUUUUCGAGCCAAUCUUGACCAUUUCUAUAAAACUGCUUUUAGAAUUAAGACAGCUGAAAACCUAGCCCCAGGCACUGUAAUUUUUGGGUGAAGAAGUUUAAUUAAUGGGUUUUGAAAUCUGAAGCACAGACCAAACCCUUACAAGGUAUGGAAUCUCAUGACGUGGGGCAGCCUUUUGGGUGCUCUAACCCCUGCUAGCUUUUUGAAAGAGUUGUGUUCUUCUGUAGGUUGUUAUUGAAUCAUCUUCCUGUGGCUUUUCAGGCAGUGCAUUGAUUGAGUUUGGUGACAGGACAACAGAGGGAAGGACUGCAAGUUUUAUGUGCUGGUUGCUGGCUGAUUCAUCUCAAUUCCUUUGUAGUUCAGAGUUUGUGCACUUCAAAGUUUUUGUGCCUGAUGAUCUGGACACUGCCAUUGAGGUAUCUCCAUGAGAAAGCUUUGUUUCUCUUUUCACGGAUGUGAAUCUGUGUUGCUCGCCUUCAUCUGGUAAUGGGGUCAGAUCAAUAAUUUGUGUUGCGUGAGCCAAGUGCAGUUUGCUUAAAAUUGGCAGAGGAGCCUUGGGAGUCUGGAGAGACUCCCUUGUUGCUCUGGUGCCUUUUGAAUCUCUGUAAGCAUCGUUUACGUGUUGAUUCUGUUAGUUCCUAGAUUCUCGAGACAUUGGCUCCAACAUGCUUUGUCUGUUUUAAUCCUGAUCCCAACCUUCAUCCUUGCUGAAUGAUCACUGUCACACCCACCCUUUUGCAGCGCCGCAAUGCCCCUGGAGAAAUGAUUUGUGCAAAAUCUUGUCGCAAGCAGUUACUGAAUUUGUCUGGAUGUGUUCAAGGGUCAAUUUAUUUUUGAAUUCAGUGCAGCUGCAACUCUCUUGACAGGUCUUGCACUGUAGAUCUGUAGUGUCUCUUGCUCGGGGCAAGGAGGUCCAGUUUCAAGUCCGACCUACUGUCGAGGCAUGUCAUGACAUGGCUGAUUAAGUUGGUUCGGAAUUGAUGUGUUACAUCUCUCUGAAUGUGGGUGAAUUUUAAGUAUGAAAGUAUGUCCACGCUGGAAGUAGACUGGAGAACGCAAAGCUGUAUUUGGUUCUGUGGCCAAUUGGCAUGAUCUUGAGUGAAAGGAAAAAUAAUCUUGUAUUUAUAAGGUGCUGUUGAACCAAAAUUUGCAAAUUUUGCAAUAAUUGUUGAGUACCAUGAGUUGUGCUUGAUUUGCAGAGAAACCUCUUGCAGCUGUUCCUUUCAGUUUUAUUUCCUUCGAGGUGAAUGAGCUUGGUUUCAUGAUGGUUGUUUGGCUUGGAUUUUGCGAUCUGUCCUUAGCAGCCGGCAGUCAAGUGAAGUAUUCUGUGUAACCAGGUGAGGAGAGGAGAGUAGUAUCCUUGAAUGUCACGUGGAAAAGCGAGUUUGAGAUCACAAGGGAUGCCUGGAUUUCUGUAUGACAGAGACUCCUCACUCUUGUUAAUGGUUGACUCGGGUUCUGCCAUGCUGUUGAGGGUGUGUUUCACUGUGAGAUUAUGAAAUGGAAUUGGGUCUGAGUUCACACAGAAUGUUAGGUAGAGGCAGUGGGAAAACACUGCCUGGGGAAGCAGCAGACAGUAAGGGCAUGCUUACAUUGUUAGUUUGUCAGUGUCCCCAUGAGGAAAUACCAGAAACCGAGCAACAUAUCCCUUCACCCAUGUAUUCCACUUCGUGGCCUGCCCCUCCAAAACAACAUUGUGUAAUCGUAACAGAAAUUGCUGGUGAAACUUAGCAGGUCUUGCAGCAUCGGUUGGAAGAAGGCAGAAUUACCGAAACAUUCAGAGAUAGUUUGAACUGCAGAUGCUGGAUUCAGAGAUAACACAGUGUGAAGCUGGAGGAAUACAGUAGGCCAGGCAUCGUCAGAAGAGUAGGAAAGUUGACGUUUCAGAUGGGAUCUGAAUCUGGUCUGGUGACUCUUGGUCAUAGGGAAGUGUAUCUUGGCCCUUUAAAUUGCCUUUGUUGAAAACCACUUCUUGAAAGUGGGGUUUGGGAUGGGGAGAUGGACCCAAAUGCAUUGCAAUCAGAUGUGACCUCAUGGAGUUUAUUCAUGCAGUAGCUUUGCUGAGUCCCUACUGUGGUUGAUUUUGUUUGAAAGAAAAGCAGAUGGUGAAUUGCCCAAAGCUUGCGUGAGGUUUGAAAGUGAGACAGCAGUUGGUAUGAAGAGUUACAACUUAACAAAAUGAGACCUUUUUGGAAUGUCGCAACAACCAUAUUUUAGAAUCAAUACUUUUAUAUUUUAAAAAAUUCUCAGUGCUGUGCACUGGGAUACGAUUGACUUGAACUACAACCUGUCAUUAGAUUUAAUUAAUGAUCCACACUACCAUAGGAUGAAAAUGUAUGGUUUAUUUUAAUUUAAUUUGUGUCUUUGCAGGGACGUGAUGGUACAACUGUUGUGUGGCAUGUUGCCAGUUGUAGUUCCAUUUUAGAUAUAAUGGGAACUGCAGAUGCUGGAGAUUCCAAGAUAAUAAAAUGUGAGGCUGGAUGAA